GGUCACCACCAAAGAUUUCCCCUGACGGUGAACAGUAAUUUGUUGGCGGUGUUACUCCGAGGUCAAUGCACCGCGAACGGCUCUCAUUCGAGAGUAGCAGGUUCCUUUCCGGUCGCCAAGUUCAUCCCGCCCGAAGACCGCAGGGUGCGAAAUGAAGUGAACGGAGCAGUCGAGCGCAUUAUUGAUGUGCACUGGCAUCAUAGUCCACCCCUCUGUGUGCCAAUCGCAAAUUCACGCGUGCGGCCAAGCGAAAGCAUCAAGACAAAUUGAUGAGAAUCAAAAUUGGACGAAAUAUCAAAGCAAUGCAGCAUGAAAGGAAACGUGCCUUUUUGGGGGUGUUUUAACGACGCCGUCCAGUGUGAAGAAUUACCGAGCACUUUUUCGCUAUUUCGCGGUUCGUUUAUCGCGACUUCGGUGCAGGGCAGAUUUUUUUCAAACAAUCAUUUGUCAAGUCCGCAAAAAUCAUCCCUGAUUUUUGAAUGAUCCCUCUCCAGCGCUCCAGAAGGCCGCGACGCCACCCCGAUGGGUAAAAAAGUGAGAGGGGUUUGCAUUGAACACUCCAGCGUUUUAGCGAUUGACAUAUUCCUCCUGCUCCUCCUUUCGCCGCGCUCCCGCUCCCCCGUUCAACUUUCACCCGUGCCGCGUUUGUCGUCCUUUUCCUGUCAUUCUUCCCUGAGACAAUGGUCGCCGCCUUCCCCGUCGUCCCCGCAUCUCUGCUUCUGUCUCUCUCUUUCAUUGCGCGCCGCGGUUGGCCGAACGAGAGGACGUCUUAGCCCUGGCGCCUCGCUAAUUGUCUAAAGUUCUCUUCAAAAAUGUGAUUUUUUUCCUUUAUUUUUUUGUUCCCGUGAACUAUCAUCGCAACAGGAAGAAAAGCUAUCCAAACUCACUCACACUUCCACGGCAACGGUGUAACUAUGGAGCGCAGGCAUGGGGUCGGAACGGCCCGAUAACAAACAGUGUGCUUGUCGUCAGAAAAAAAAGGGGGGGGGGCGUCUCGGGGGAGUGACGAAGAGAACUUUUCUGGACUCUGAGGAUCUCGGGCGAAAGGACUCGCGUGUUGUGACAUUGUCCGAAACGGCUAUCUCGGAAAGGAUUUGCUCCGCGCUCGUUUGCGUCACCCUCGCUCGGGACGAGGUGCGGCGUCAUGCGUGUUUGUGAGGCUUCCAGCUGCCUGUCUGUGCUCAGCGGUGACGGACACAGCCAGAGACUGACGUGCGUUUCCGUGGUGACGAGCGGCUGCAGCCCCUUUCCCAUAUGUUGGGGCCAAGAAUAUGACAGACACUUAGCCGCGGCGGUGUCAGCGGGGAAGACCAUGGCGACGCCCUACAUGGAUCCCAACCUCAAUCACGCCCUGCUGGACGGCGGCGCCAAGUCGCGGCUCAGCGCUGGGGGGCCGGACCGUACCGCUGCUGGAUCUGUGGACCGGGUCCUCAAGGUCUUCCACCACUUCGAGACCAACACAGAACUCAGCAGCUGGUCCUCCAACAUCCGAUACGGGGAUGCUACCGAUGUCCGGGGAAUCAUCCAGAAGAUCCUGGAUAUCCACAAGGUGCGGUGGACGUCGUGCUUUGGCUUGCGUCUCAGCAGCAGCGGCCAAGCCAAAGACCAAGUGCACUGGCUGCAUCCCGACAUGGGCGUGUCGCACGUCCGAGAGAAAUACGAACAGGCGCGCCCCACCGAGGAGUGGAGGUACGAACUGAGGAUCCGAUACCUCCCGAAAGGGUUCGUGCAGCAGUUUACGGAAGACAAACCCACACUCAAUUACUUCUACCACCAGGUGAAAAAUGACUACAUGGCACAGAUCGGCGAUCAAGUGGAGCAAGAUGUCGCCCUUAAACUGGGCUGCCUGGAGAUCAGGAGGUUCUAUAAAGAGAUGAGGGGAAACGCCCUGGACAAGAAGUCCAACUAUGAGCUACUAGAGAAGGAUGUCGGUUUGAGGCGUUUUUUCCCCAAAGACCUGCUGGAUUCAGUCAAGGCCAAGACGCUUCGUAAAUUGAUCCAGCAGACGUUCAAGCAGGUGGCCAACCUCAAUGACGAGCAGUGCAUCCUCAAGUUCCUCGAGAUCCUGGCACCCAUCCACCGCUACGACAAGGAGUGCUUCAAAUGUGCGCUAGGGUCAAGCUGGGUGAUCCAGGUGGAGCUUGCGAUCGGACCUGAGGAAGGCAUUAGCUACCUGACGGACAAGGGCUCAGCACCAACCCAUCUGGCUAACUUCACCCAAGUGCAAUCCAUCCAGUACUCGGCCAUGGAGGAGAAGGACAGGAAAGGGAUGCUGCAAGUCAAUGUCGUGGGAGCCGCCGAGCCUCUCAACGUCACGACAGCCUCCCUGACCAUGGCGGAGAAUUUGGCCGACUUGAUUGAUGGCUACUGUCGGCUCAUCUCCAUGGAAACGCGCUCUUUCAUUGUCAGAGUUCAGAAAGAGGGGGAGAGAGCGCUACCCUCCCUUCCAAAGUUGUCUAAUAAUGAGAAGAAGUUGGAGGCGGUCAAGAGUGGAGUGAGAACGAUCUCGCUUUCAGACCCGGCGUCGUCGACUCCUCCCAAGCCAACCAAGGCGCGGCGUUUCCUCCUCCCUUUUGUCUUCUGUUCCGAUUCGCCACCCAAUGAAGAUCUUAGCGGGGAUGAAACCGAUGACUACGCCGAGAUAGUUGACGAAGAGGACACGUACACCAUGCCCUCCAUGACCUAUGGAAUAGUGGAAGCGCGGGACUACGAGAUCCAGAGGGACAGGAUCGAGCUCGGUCGCUGCAUAGGCGAAGGUCAGUUUGGAGAUGUGCACCAAGGAGUCUACAACAUCCCGGACAAGCCAGCGUUGGCCGUCGCCAUUAAGACGUGCAAGAACUGCACUUCGGACAGCGUGAGGGAAAAGUUCCUGCAGGAAGCACUGACCAUGCGGCAGUUUGACCACCCUUACAUCGUCAAGCUGAUCGGCGUGAUCACGGAGAACCCGGUGUGGAUCAUCAUGGAGCUGUGCACGCUGGGAGAGCUGCGUUCCUUCCUCCAGGUGAGGAAGUACAGCCUGGAUUUGGCAACGCUCAUCCUGUUCGCCUAUCAGCUCAGCACUGCGCUGGCGUAUCUGGAGAGCAAACGCUUUGUGCACAGGGACAUAGCGGCACGUAACGUGCUGGUGUCUUCGAUUGAUUGCGUGAUGCUGGGGGACUUUGGCCUGUCCCGCUACAUGGAGGACAGCUCCUACUACAAAGCCUCCAAAGGAAAACUUCCGAUCAAAUGGAUGGCUCCCGAAUCGAUCAACUUUAGAAGAUUCACCUCCGCGAGUGAUGUCUGGAUGUUCGGCGUCUGCAUGUGGGAGAUCCUGAUGUACGGCAUCAAGCCCUUCCAAGGGGUGAAGAACAACGACGUGAUCGGCCGCAUCGAAAACGGCGAGCGGCUCGCUAUGCCGCCGCAGUGCCCGCCCACCCUUUACAGCCUCAUGACCAAGUGCUGGUCGUACGACCCGAGCAAGCGGCCGCGCUUCACCGAACUCCAAACGCAACUCAGCACCAUACUGGAGGAGGAGAAGGUGCAGCAAGAGGAGAGACUUAGGAUGGAGAUGAGAAGACAGGUCACGGUGUCCUGGGACUCUGGAGGUUCUGAUGAGGCUCCGCCCAAACCAAGUCGACCGGGUUACCCCAGCCCUCGCUCCAGUGAGGGCUACUUCUCCAGCCCACAACACAACCAUUACCAGCCGGCAGCACACGGCGGCGUAGGAGGCGGCUUCCCCGCCAACGACUCCUGGAACCCGCACAGACCGGAAAACGCCGCGUUGUGGAGCUCCAACAUGGAGGACACAGGGUGCGUUGGCCAGGCUCUCAUGGAGGAGAGGCUUAUGAUGCAGCAGCAGCAGAUGGAGGACGACCAGCGAUGGUUGGAGCAGGAGGAGAGCUUCAUGAAGGCCGAGCCCAGAAACAGCCGAGGGAGCAUCGAACGAGAAGACGGGACGCUCCAGGCGCCGGGUGGAAGCCAGCAUAUCUACCAGCCUGUGGGCAAACCAGAACACGUGGCUCCGCCGAAGAAGCCCCCUCGUCCCGGAGCCCCCGCUCACCUGACCACCCUGACCAGCCUCUGCCCCGUCGACAGCUACAACGAGGGCGUGAAGUUACAGCCCCAGGAGAUCAGCUCGACCCCCACGGCCAACCUGGACCGCUCCAACGACAAAGUGUAUGAAAACGUAACGGCGCUGGUCAAGUCGGUCAUCGAGAUGUCCAACCGGAUCCAGCCGGCGGCACCCGAGGAGUACGUGCCCAUGGUCAAGGAAGUGGGCCUAGCAUUGAGGACUCUGCUGGCCACGGUGGAUGAGACCAUUCCCGUGCUACCUGCGAGCACCCACCGCGAGAUCGAGAUGGCCCAAAAGCUGCUCAAUUCCGACUUGGCAGAACUCAUCGCCAAGAUGAAGCUGGCGCAGCAGUACGUCAUGACCAGUUUGCAGAAGGACUACAAAAAGCAGAUGCUAAUGGCGGCGCAUGCCCUCGCCGUGGACGCCAAGAACCUCCUGGACGUCAUUGACCAGGCACGUCUGAAGAUGAUUACGUGAAAACAUUGGCCCUGAAGGAUGUGUGGCUGUCCUAAUAGCAGGGACGAGAUGGACAUCGGUCGCUAUGGAGAAAUGGACUUGGAUAACAGUGGACACUACAGUCGCCAUAUUUUGGUGUCUUCUGGUAAUUACUUUUUUUUUUGUUAUGAAGGGAAGCUCUUGUCACACACUUUCAACUAUACAGAGUGAUUAACUCCCUAUUUUAAAAUACUUCUCGAUUAUUCAUUAAUUGUAAGUUUCUUUUUUGUUGUUCUCUAAUGUAUGAAUUUAAAAAAAUGAAUAUGUAAAAAUGUAGCAUAAGUACUACAUUUAUCUGUAAAAUUACAAGAUGUGGAUGGUCUUCAUCUUGUAUGAAAAUAAAAAAUCUAAACAUUAUCCAAAGCACUGGUAAUUGGCCAGAUUUAAACACAGAUCAAAUUCUUAAAAUCAAAGAACAAACACACAAAAAAGGAAAAAAAAGUACAGAUUAAAUCGUCAUAGAUAUAAACAGUAUUUUUAAAAAAGCAAGAAAAAAAAUGACAAUUAAUUUGUAUUUUAAAAGGGGGCGGUGCUUUUCAAUCACCCUGUAUAUUUUUUUAAAGUUGCCAUUUUUCAAAACCUUUUUAAAAAUCUAGCGCUAUUUAACACGUGAGGGCUCGUUUUGAAGGCGUUUGCCACGUGACAAACUGGAAAGCAGAUGAAGUGGUGAUGUUUCAACAUGCGUGUACAUACAUAAAAUAUGGAAUAUUUACAGCCUUGGCUCUUACUGGAUGUCUUUUUUUUUUCUUUUUUGUUGUCAGUAUUGUUUCACACUCUCAUCCUUCAGCGUUAAAUCGGAUUUGAGAAGAGUUUUCCUACCAGUGGCCAUUUUCCUUUCAUGUAUAAAACAUCUGAACAUUUACAGGUUAAAUGUUUUUAAUUGUCUGUCAGCUCCUCUAAGGUCUGUCAUUUAGUACAUGACAGACCGCUUGUUUUUGUGUUUUUUUAAAAAGAUGAAUAUAGAAUUAAUCUUUGUUUUCACUCUUUUCUGAGGCACGGCUUGCUUGUUGGAUACAAGCAGAGGAGGAAAUUGAUGCAGAACACCAUGAAUAUGCUUCUAAUUAUGUUUGAAUGUCAUUUUGUUAGCUUCAGUCUUGUGUAUAUAUGCAUACGCUUAUAUAUGAAUGGUAUCGAUAAUGAAGUCAUAUCGGGUUGCCCGUUUAUUUUUACACAACAAAUCACAUCGGCAAACCUUUCAGACUAGAAUCCAAUACUGUGAAUAGACCAGAGUCAUUAUUUAUUGGGUGAAUGGCGACUGCAUUUGGACGCUUUUGGUCAGCCAGUUUGAACCUGAUAAAUUCCCAAAACGGGAUGUGUAUAUACCCCUCUCACAAAUGUCCUUUUGAUGUUUUUCCCAGCACUUCUCUCAGGAAAGACUCUCAUCAUGUACAGUUGCAAAUAAAAACACUGUUACAAGCA